UGUGACCUCGACCACGUUCGCUGGUUCAUUUGCAUCAAAUAGCUUUUUUUUUUUAAAUUCCAAUAAGCUCCAGCUCAGACUCUUUUCUAUGGCUGCUCUCGGCUUUACGCGUGCUAGUGGGCAGGAUAUUUUCAGCAUCGACUCCACUGAACCUACCAACUCAAGAACAGGUAGCGCCGUCAGUGGGCAAGAGGCGAGGCAGUUUUACGAACGUCUGAUAAAAGAGGAUACCGAUCAAGAUGCGCCAAGGACUUCAAGAAGCAGUGUGAAUGGCAGAGGGCACCAGAGGAAGAGAGGCUCCAGCAGGAGAGAGAGAGAGAGGAGAGGCAGGGCCGCAGAGAUGCUGCAGCGUCAAACCGAUUCUGUGAUCCAACAAGGGGAUGAUGGUGAAAGUGAGGGGAACCAAAGAAGAGAGACGAACAACUCGGAGAGGUCCAUGGAGCUGCUUGGACUCAGGUUACUGCGCUGUGCCCAUGAAGGGGACAUUUCAAGCCUCAGAGAUCUGCUCCUAAAGGGGGUAGACAUCAACUUUCAGGAUACUUACUUCUGGACAGCAGUGAUGUGCGCAAGCUGGUCGGGACAGAGAGCUGCAGUGAAGCUGCUGCUGCAACACGGGGCCGCCUGGGUCGGAGUGGUUGACACACAGGGCAGGGAUGCCAAAGACCUGGCCCUUGAAGCUGGCCACAGUGAGGUGUUGGAGGAGCUGGAGAGCUACGGUAGAAGCCCUCAGAGCGAAGAACAGCCUGACAGCAGUGCCCCCCCGCCUCAGUGGUGCAGCGUGUGUUGUAGCGAGUACAGCAACAGCCUGUCAUCGCAUCUUUCAUCCACUCUCCAUCAGUUCAGUCUGCGACAUCCUUCUCCCACCCCUUACUACUGCCUCCCCCCCUCCAGCAACAGCUACAAGAUGAUGGUCCAGUGCGGUUGGAAACCAGGAACGGGGCUGGGACCAGAAGGAGAGGGGCCCAAACAACCAGUGCCGACAGUGCUGAAAAGAGAUCAGACAGGCCUUGGGUAUGGAGAGGCAAAAAGAGCCAAAAUUACUCACUUUCAAGCCAGGGAUCCCGACGCAGUGAAACAAUCUGCCAAGCAGAAGCAGGAGAAAAGAGGGAAAGGACAAAGGAAGGAACAUAGUAGGAGAAAGGAGCAAAACGACAAGAACUGGGAGCGGGACUUUCGUGCCUCUUUUUAUCUUUAAUUCCUCCUUACAGUGAUUUUUAUACUCCUAUGUCACCAAAACUCACCUCAAAGUAUCUAAUAAUAUAAACAAUUUAGUAUGAAGACGUUUUGUACAUUUUUUUUUCUUCUUAUUUACAACUGUAAAGGUUUUUGUAAAGCAGCUGGGAGCUGUAUCCCACAGAGUGUAAUAAUAAAUACAUUCUCUCUACCUCAAA